AUGGCAGGUUCAAACGCACGAAAGGUGUCAACGCCAUCCAAGGCACCUCCCUCUUCCAAACGAAAUUCGAGCAUUUUGAGCUUUUUUCAAAAAAGCGAUACUCCACAAGGAGCUAAAUCGACCCAACUUCGCAUGUCACAUUUCCUCACAUCCUCUCCAAGUUCCGGCCGCGGAACACCAUCAUUACAACGUGGCGAUAGCUCCAAAAGCGAUACAAAUGAAGGACUAUUUCUAGAAGAUAGGAAAGGACUCGCAAAACUUCAGCAGAAUGGUGCAAAUAGCGAAACGAAAUCAAGGGCCCGAUCACGAACACCAGAUGACUUUUGGGGCGAAACCAAUGUGACACGAUAUAACGAGAAUAACUCUGCAGCAAAGCGCCGCAAAACGGAUGAAGCCAUUGAUUUGACCGAUAAUAGACAAGCGGAUGAUGAGAAGAAACCGCCAAAGGCUGUUGCACCCAGAAAGGCGACUAGUGGCCCUUUUAUCGACGAAUCAGACAGCGAAUACGAGGACGACAUGGACGCAUAUCGAGAAAUUAAAGAUCAAGAGUUCCCUGAAGACAACCCGGAACCUACAAAAUCACCAAUCAGUGGCGACCACGCCGAGGUUUCAUCUGCCGAAUCUGCGCAGCCGCCAUUGGUAAGAGACACGAAUUAUGCCGAUAAUGAAGACGAAAAUUUUGACGACGAGGGAGAAGAUGAACUUGUAGGGGAGGAAUUUCAAGACUUGCCGUGGGGAAAUGAGGAAGCAAGUUUAGAAGCGGCACUAGAGGAUGUCACGGAUGCAAUAAGUCCCGCGGAGGCAGAGGGGAUAUCCGGCAUCGCUGAUCUUAUCUGUCCGGCAUGCCAGGGACGACUGGCCGGGCUUGAUGAACGACAACGAAAUAUACACGUGAAUGAUUGUUUGGAUGGGAAGUCUAGUUCCAUAACGUUACUUGAGUCGAUCUCAAGCGAGAUUUCACCGAAAGAGAUUGCACAGACGCCAAUACCUAAACCGAUAAGCGUGAAUGCAGGAUUAACACGGACUGAACGAGCUGCUGUCGCGCGACCUGCCCAACGCCAUCCCUAUCCACAAAACAAUGCCGGCAACCGAACGGCUUUUUCAAAAAUGAUGGCAGGGAAUGCUGAAGAUACAGCGUGGGCGGAUGCGGCAGCGCAAGAGGUAUCUUCUCGCGGGAAGCAGGCAUAUCAACGGACUUGUCCUUUUUACAAGAUCAUGCCAGGGUUUUCAAUCACCGUGGAUGCCUUUCGCUACGGAGCUGUUGAAGGAUGUAAUGCCUACUUUCUCAGCCACUUCCACAGCGAUCACUACAUCGGCCUGAGCAAGUCCUGGUGUCACGGUCCUAUCUAUUGCAGUCGACCUACGGGUAAUCUUGUCCGGCAACAGCUCCGAGUAGACCCCAAGUGGGUCAUCGAUCUCGAGUUUGAGACCACCACUGAAGUGCCGAACACGGGCGGCGUGCAGGUUACUAUGAUUCAUGCGAAUCACUGUCCAGGAAGUUCUUUGUUUCUCUUUGAGAAGAGCUUCGGAAAUGGACCGAAUCCUCGUCGACAGCGUAUACUUCACUGUGGUGAUUUCCGUGCAUCCCCAGAUCAUAUACGGCAUCCUCUACUAUGUCCCAACCCAAUUAAUUCAACUACUGGCCAGCCGAGGCACCAGCGACUCGAUCAGUGUUAUCUAGACACAACUUAUCUCAGUCCGAAGUAUGCUUUUCCAAGCCAGGCAGAUGUCAUUACGGCAUGCUCCGAACUCUGUGUACGUUUGAACGAAGAGGCAGGGGUGGGCCUGGAUCUGGGAAAGGCAACUGGUGGUCUUAUGAGCAAGUUCCUAUCAUCAGUGACAGGAAAUGACCGGCCAAAAGAGACAUCUCAAGCCGGUGGUCGUCUAUUGGUAGUCAUUGGGACAUACAGUAUUGGCAAAGAGCGGAUCUGCAUAGGCGUUGCACGCGCUCUGGGAUCUAAGAUUUUCGCACCACCUGCCAAACAACGCAUUUGCGCUUGCCUUGAAGACCCAGAGCUCACUGCACUGUUAACCACGGACCCGAAAGAAGCCCAGGUGCACAUGCAGACGCUAUUUGAGAUCCGAGCAGAGACUUUGGCCGACUACCUGGAUUCCAUGAAACCACACUUUACACGAGUUGUGGGGUUUCGGCCAACCGGAUGGUCCUAUCGGCCCCCCGCGGGGCGAAUGUUGGAGAACCCGCCCGUACCGACCGUUCUGCGUGGCGAACACUGGCGGACACCGUUCACGGUAGAGCAUCUAACACCCCAGCGGGGGAGCACGCGAGAAAGUGCCUGUUUUGGUGUGCCGUAUAGUGAGCACAGUUCAUUCCGUGAACUUACCAUGUUUUGCUGUGCACUCCGGAUUGGACGAGUCAUCCCCACUGUAAAUGUGGGGAGUCAGAAGAGUCGGGAUAAUAUGAAAGCUUGGAUGGAACGAUGGGAGGGAGAAAAGAAGCGAAACGGACUAUUUCCCGUAGAAGACUGGUGA